ACAAAGCCGCAGGAGUUAAAAACCUUGACUCAGUACAACCUCGCCCACUUAAGGAAUCUGCAGCUUGAAAUACAGGUCUGUACAGGAAGUGCAAGGGGGUCUAUCUUGGGAACAGCUUUGUGAUUGAAUGAGAAAGGGGAACAUGAGAAACAUAAGAACAUCCAUGAAACGGAAGACUUUAAAGCUCACAGUGAAGUAAAUCUGCCACACAGUAGAGUAUAUCAUUAUCAGCAGGGAUUCUUAUUAUUGCAGGAAUUAAGGCAAAUCCGAGUGUAAGGUGAACAAGUUUGAGGUUGUGUGAGUUUGAAAGGAGUCAUUACAGAGAGCUAGGCAGGGUGUGACUUUGUACAGAAAUGGCAGCAAACACUUCUUGUCUGGAAGAAGAGCUUUCCUGCGCUGUGUGCUGUGAGAUUUUCAAGGAUCCUGUAACUCUUCAUUGUAACCACAGUUUCUGUAAAGCAUGUCUGGAUCAGUGCUGGAAAGAGAAGGGAACUCGGGAGUGUCCAGUGUGCAGGAGGAGGGCUUCAAUAGAGGAUCCUGCUGUGGAUUUCAGGCUCAGGAAUAUCGUGGAGUGCUUCUUAAAAGAUCACAGUGAGAAACCUCCAGCACCUCCUGGAAUGCUCUGCAGUCUGCAUGAGGAGAAACUGAAGCUGUUCUGUGUGGAUGAUGAAGAGGCUGUCUGUCUUGUGUGUCAAACUUCAGAGAAACAUGAAAAUCACAAGCUCCGUCCAGUCCAGGAAGCUGUACGGAAUUAUAAGGGAGAACUCAAGACUGCGCUGGAGCCCUUGAGGGACAAGCUGAAAACCUUUAAUAAAGUUAAAGCACAAUGUGAUGAAACAGCAGAGCACAUCAAGAAACAAGCCCAGCAAACAGAGAGGCAGAUAAAGGAGGAGUUUGAGAAACUUCACCAGUUUCUACGAGAUGAAGAAAAGGCCAGGAUAGCUGCACUGAGGAGGGAAGAGGAACAAAAGGGAAGAAUCAUGAAAGAGAAGAUUGAAAAUAUUACAAGAGAAAUCUCAUCCCUUUCAGACACAAUCCGAGUGAUAGAACAGGAGCUGGAAGCUGAAGACAUCUUCUUCCUGCAGUACAAAGACACAAAGAGAAGAGCCGAGUGCACACUGCAGGAUCCACAGUGUGUUUCAGGAGCGCUGAUAGAUGUAGCCGAGCACCUGGGCUCUCUGAAGUACAAAGUGUGGGAGAAGAUGCUGGGGAUUGUUCAAUACACUCCAGUGACUCUGGAUCCCAACACAGCAGCACCCUGGCUCACACUGUCUGAGGAUCUAACAAGUGUGAGAUUCAGCGAUGAGUGGCAGCAGCUUCCUGACAACCCAGAGCGGUUUGAUUCCUAUGUUUUUGUGCUGGGGUCUGAGGGAUUCACUUCAGGGAAACACUGCUGGGAUGUUGAAGUUGGAAACAAAACUGACUGGGAUCUGGGUGUGACAAAAGAGUCCAGCCAAAGGAAAGGGGAAUUCACUGUGAACCCAGGAGCAGGAUACUGGGUUAUAGGCCUGAGGGGUGGGGAUCAGUACUGGGCAUGGACCUCACCAUGGUCUACAGGACUCACUGUGGAGAAGAAACCCCAGAAGAUCAGAGUUCAGCUGGACUGUGAUGUGGGGGAGGUGGCAUUCUUUGACUCCAGUGAUAUGAGACCUCUCUACACUUUUAAACACAGAUUUACUGACAGGAUGUUUCCAUAUUUCUCUCCUUGCUUCAAUGAAGUUGGGAAAAACUCUGCCCCCCUCAGAGUGUGCCCUGUGAAGACAGUUAUAAAAGUGGACUAGCCCAAUGUGUUCAGGAUGAACAAUAGGGCUGUAUAAUAAUAAUAAUAAUAAUAAUAAUAAUAAUAAUAAUAAUAAUAAUAAUAAUAAUAAUAAUAAUCCUGUGACCUUGCUGGCCACUGCACACUAUAAAUAAAUAAACGUAUUUACUUAAUUGUUUUGACCAUUCUGAUUUUGUUAUGUAACAUUAGGAUUCUAUUAACCCUUUACAGUCAGCAAACCCCAGCUUCACAAUAAGUGAUUGAAGGUGAAGAACAGGGAGAGGAGGAAAAGAAAGUGUGGAGAGCAGAAGUCUCCAGCUAUAUAACUACUAGGUCACACUGGCCAUAGUUUUAUUCUUCAAUAGUUUGUGUCUAAAACUGUGAAACAGCUGGGUCCCCCUGCCCCUAUCGCUGCUGCAUAUUGCUCUUCAGCGCCACUGUUCCUCUCACUGAGGGCUCUUGAGUUUAUUCCUAUCCAUUCCAGGGAGAGUCUGUGUAGAAUUGCUCUGCUCUGCCAUCCUGCUCUCGUGAUCGUGGUGUUAACGAGUCCCCCGAGCAGCUCUUUAGAAACGCUGUCUGGUUAAUGAGGGAAACCUGGCUUGAUCUCUACCUGAACCACAGCGCUCCAGAUCAACAUGGCUGCUCAAACACUGUGUGGCGAGUGAGAGGAAACCUGGCUUGAUCUCUACCUGAACCACAGCGCCCCAGAUCAACAUGGCUGCUCAAACGCUGUGUGGCGAGUGAGGGAAACCUGGCUUGAUCUCUACCUGAACCACAGCGCCCCAGAUCAACAUGGCUGCUCAAACACUGUGUGGCGAGUGAGGGAAACCUGGCUCGAUCUCUACCUGAACCACAGCGCCCCAGAUCAACAUGGCUGCUCAAACGCUGUGUGGCGAGUGAGGGAAACCUGGCUUGAUCUCUACCUGAACCACAACGCCCCAGAUCAACAUGGCUGCUCAAACGCUGUCUGGCGAGUGAGGUAAACCUGGCUUGAUCUCUACCUGAACCACAGCGCCCCAGAUCAACAUGGCUGCUCAAACACUGUGUGGCUUACAAACUGCAUGUGCUGUCCUGACUGAGCGCUGCUUGGCGUAUUUCAAAUGCAUUGAAAGAUUGAUUUAAUUUUCAGGGAUUUUUUUAUUCUGCAAAGGAGAAACAAAACUAAUUGGACAUAAUUGAGAUCAAUGAAGCAGGUUAAUUUUAUUGAUUUGAAAAAUGGUUUAUCCUGCAAAUGAUACCAGGGCAAUGAUCGUGUGUUAUCUUUGACAUGGUAUUGAAGACAGUUUUUAUUAAUCCGUCAGACUUUGUUCACAGCAUCCACAGUUACAGUAUACAGGACCAAACCAGGGGACUGUCAGUUCCAAUUGUUUAAAAGCCAUUCUGCUUACCUUGCUGCACACAUCUGUACGUAUUUCAAAAGUGUACUGUCUGCUGAUAGAUUAGGAGAUAUGAGCGUUCUUAUUGAAGAAACAAAACAUAAAGGCAAAUGAAGAUGUUUCAGAAUAUCGAGGCUAACUUGAACUUUUUGGUCAUGUAGAAAUAUAAAACUGAAACUAGCAAUGAAAAUAAAACAACAGAAGACCAUUAGAAACUAUUUAUAAACGAAUUAAAAAAACUAAAUCUGCAAAAAAAAAACCCUGUUCAGCCAGUGUCAGGCUCCUGCUUAGGGAUUAACAGACACAUCAUUGCCAUGGGGUUACAUUUCUUUACAGACUGUGAUGUUACUGUAUUAAAGCUUUACUUAUGAGGCCAGCUUUUAUAUAACUUCUGAAAUUCGUUUUUAAAUUAACCACUAACACAAAACAUGCAACACUGUUUAACGUGUUAGGAAAUUAAUUGUUAACCGUUAUACUAAACUACAAAACUUCAAAAAAGCCCCUUUUAUUAUUAUAUCUUUAUACCUAUCUGUGUCUCCCUGGUACCUCAGAGUAACUGCAGUGUGCAGGGCUCUACCUAUCUGUGUCUCCCUGGUACCUCAGAGUAACUGCAGUGUGCAGGGCUCUACCUAUCUGUGUCUCCCUGGUACCUCAGAGUAACUGCAGUGAGCAGGGCUCUACCUAUCUGUGUCUCCCUGGUACCUCAGAGUAACUGCAGUGUGCAGGGCUCUACCUAUCUGUGUCUCCCUGGUACCGGUAUAGUAACUGCAGUGUGCAGGGCUCUACAUAUCUGUGUCUCCCUGGUACCUCAGAGUAACUGCAGUGUGCAGGGCUCUACCUAUCUGUGUCUCCCUGGUACUGGUAUAGUAACUGCAGUGUGCAGGGCUCUACCUAUCUGUGUCUCCCUGGUACUGGUAUAGUAACUGCAGUGUGCAGGGCUCUACCUAUCUGUGUCUCCCUGGUACCUCAGAGUAACUGCAGUGUGCAGGGCUCUACCUAUCUGUGUCUCCCUGGUACCUCAGAGUAACUGCAGUGAGCAGGGCUCUACCUAUCUGUGUCUCCCUGGUACCGGUAUAGUAACUGCAGUGUGCAGGGCUCUACCUAUCUGUGUCUCCCUGGUACCGGUAUAGUAACUGCAGUGUGCAGGGCUCUACCUAUCUGUGUCUCCCUGGUACCUCAGAGUAACUGCAGUGUGCAGGGCUCUACCUAUCUGUGUCUCCCUGGUGCUGGCAGUUUAUAAAGAUGAGCGAUUUCACUUCAUAGCUGCAAUGUUUUGUCUUUUUAGCAACUGAAUUGUUCACUAGUGGCUGAACCUGCCCCCGGGUUCCUGACAGUGUGAGUGAAACCCCAUUGUGUACUGGUUAUAUCUGUCAGCUCUCAACACCACUGAUGCCCCUGGCAAUAACUUCACUUCAGCAGUAAUUACUACAGGGCUCUCCAAGGAGCAGACAUAUAGACAUGCUGGUGAAGAAGAGGGAGAUUCAGUUACAGAUGACACUGUGAUUAAGUGACAUAUUGUCUUUAAAUGACACAAUUAAACAAAGUGCCUCUGUAUUCACAUUUAUGGCUCCAGUUCCAGGGGUAGUGCAUCAAUAUAAAGUCCAUCUUUUCACUGGUGUGGAAGUGUGUGGCAAAUGUGCCCCGCCUCUGUGUGCAUUUGUGUGUUAUAUGUUGCAUGUAGUGUAUUAAUGUUGGUGUAUAGAUAUGGCUGCACGGGAUAUAAAUGGGUGUGUGCAGAACAAGUUAUUUAAAAUGUAUAAUUGUAUUUAGACACGGGGAUUGCACUUCACUUCACGUGCAUUUAAAGUAUUUAAUAUGUGAGCACGAGGUUGCACAUAAUUAAUUCACGUGCUGGGAUUCAAGUGAAUAAUUAAUUAGAAAUUGAAUCCCGGCACAAUAGUAUAUAUAGAUGCACGUUGAACUCACUCGGGGUUGUGUGUUCAGGGCGAAAGAACAGGAGAGAGUGAGGAGAGAAAGUAAAAAGAGAAAGUAAGCAAUUGCUACGUGGUGCUGGAAGACCAGCACGGUACGUGUUUGUUUAGUGUUCGUCCCUGUUUGUUAGUGUCUGUUUGUUUUGUUUGUCUGUUUAUCUUGGCCGCAAGUGCCGUGUCCUGUGUCUUGUUUUGUUCAAACCUUUUAUUUUACAAUAAACUGACGCAAGCAAGCGCAUUUACCAUUUCAUCCAUCCUGUCUGUCUUGUUCAUUCUCUGGUU